AUGACAACAACUACUCAUGCCCUGGCCAGGCACAGAAGAUUUAUUCCAACAGUCAUUCACCCAACUACUCUGGCAGCGAUCCACCGAAUACCUCUGCUCGUCCCCUCUAUGCCCGCACUCUUACUUUAUUUUAAAAAUGUGGUCAAUGAGAAACAAUCAACAUUUAUUAUAAAAAUUUAUCGAAAUGUGGAAAUAGUUGAAAAUACUGAGUGGAAAAUGUAUACAUUGAUGGAGCUUGGUGGACAGACUUUAAAUGAUUAUGCUGUUCAAAAGUUUAGAGACGCUGGAUUAUCUUCACAAGACGUCAAUGGCGGUGAAUUAAUUCAGAAACUUCUUAUCGAAGCUAUCAAGGGAGCUGGUCGAGCACUUAAUCAAUUCCAUCAACAUGCUGUCCAUUUGGACGUAAAAGCAAACAAUUUCGUUGUUUCUCCCAAUCAGGAUGACCAUUAUGUCAUCGCUUUUAAACUCAUCGAUUUCAAUGCUUCCGUUCUGUUAGAGGGUGCGAAUUCAAAAUCAUCUCCAGCUUAUGGAACUCUUAUUUUUAAAGCUCCAGAGAUUCGUGAAGAUGAUAUACAUCAAAAUGUUAUGGUUACACGCAAAGCGGAUGUUUGGGCUUUUGGAUUAAUGAUCUACUGUCUUUUCUACACCAAGAAUCGAAAUUUAAGUGAAUUGGAUGAAAUGAAUGAUCGUUAUGAGCUGCUCGACAAUGAAUUGGAAAUGUAUCGCAACAAUGUUAAUGCAAACACUAAAUUAGAUAUUGUUAUAAAGGCUUGCAUUCGAAUUAGUCCAAAAACGCGUCCUUCUAUGUUGGAUAUUCUCAAGUUUCUUAACGACAGAAUUGAAAGUAUUUGA